AUGCUUUCCUUUAACCGCACUGGGGUCAGCCACACCAUCUUCUACUUGCUGGGCAUCCCUGGCCUUGAGGACCAGCACCUGUGGAUUUCCAUCCCCUUCUUCAUUUCCUACGUCACCGCCCUGCUUGGGAACAGCCUGCUCAUCUUCAUCAUCCUCACGAGGCGCAGCCUGCAUGAACCCAUGUUCCUGUUCCUGUGCAUGCUGGCCGGGGCCGACCUGGUCCUGUCCACCUGCACAGUCCCUCAGGCCCUGGCCAUCUUCUGGUUCCGUGCUGGGGAGAUCUCCCUCAAUCGCUGCAUCGCUCAGUUCUUCAUCACACACUGCAUCUUCAUGUCUGAGUCAGGCAUCCUGCUGGUGAUGGCAUUUGACCGCUACAUUGCCAUAUGCGACCCUCUGAGAUACACCACUAUUCUGACACACACGCUGAUUGGGAAGAUCGGUGUUACCAUCUUUCUGAGAAGUUAUUGUACUAUUUUCCCCAUCAUAUUUCUUUUGAAAAGGCUGACAUUCUGCCGAAAUAAUGUCAUUCCACAUACCUAUUGUGAACACAUUGGCUUGGCCAAAUAUGCGUGUAAUGACAUUCGAGUGAACAUUUGGUAUGGCCUCUUUGUCAUAGUGUCAACGGUGGUCUUAGAUGUCCUGUUAAUUUUUGUGUCCUACAUGCUGAUUCUCCGUGCUGUCUUCCACAUGCCUUCCCAGGAUGCUCGUCACAAAGCUCUCAACACAUGUGGUUCCCAUGUUUCUGCCAUCAUCCUCUUUUAUGGGCCUGGAAUCUUCACCACCCUGACUCAGAGGUUUGGACGCCACAUCCCAGCUCAUAUCCACAUCUUGCUGGCCAAUGUCUGCGUGCUGGCUCCCCCGAUGCUGAAUCCCAUCAUUUAUGGGAUCAAGACCAAGGCAAUUCGAGAGCAGGUGGCUCACCUAUUUUUCCUGAAGCAGAAAUAGCUUUGGAAUAGGGACAGAGUUUUCAGCAUGUCUAGCUAUCAAUGGUGGCAGGUGUCAGCUGAAGCGCUUAGAAAUAGUGCUACAAAUUUUAUUUGGAGGCAGGCUUUAUCAUUGAAUUGUCAUGAGUUACAUCUUCCAUUGGCAAAACACUCUCAAAAUCUGUAUUAUUUUUGACCAUCUGCAAAGAACCUAUGCCAGUUGGAUUCUUUU